GUCCCACACCCACUCUCACCACGGCAACCUCUUUUCCUGCCGCAUCGAUUCCGUUCUUCCUCUUCUACUUCACAUCUCUUUACUUAUCAAGUAAAGUUAAAACAGUAAAACCCCCCUAUCCCCUUACUCAUCACACACAACCACCCACCCACACCACCACCACAAUGCCCCAGCCUCCCGUCGACGUCCGCAAGUACUUUGGCCAGCCUCUGCCUCACAUCCCCGAGAAGUUCCCCAUCGGCUCCGGCACGGGCCCCCGCGCUGCCUGGCCCGAGGGCACUCUGAAGGGCGUCGAGGUCAUCCCCAACUUUGGCGAGCUCGUCAAGAACUACAUUGCUACGCUCCCCACCCAGCCCCUCCAGCCGGACCCGUACCACAACUACCCCAAGUUCGCCGUCGUCCGCUCGCAGCUCCCCCAGACGUUCCGCACCGCCCAGGACCUCCAGCAUGCUCUCAAGGUGCUCCCCCUCUCGGUCGUCUCGUCAGUCCUCACUGCGUACGAGGGCGGCCCCUCGGGCUACACCGUGACCCGCCGCGUCGACGCCGCUGGCUACGAGUCGGACGGCGGUGAGGAGGACGGACCCGUCAACGCCCCCCGCGACGACACCAAGGCCUUCAACUGGCGCUUCUCCAAGUCGCCUAUGGGCGCUGGUGACCUCCUCCUUGUCCAGGGUGACUCGAACAAGGUCGACCUCGUCAUCCGUACCACCAACUCGUCGGCCUUUGCCCAGGAGGACUGGAACGAGUUCAUCGUUACCGGCCCCUUCCACUACAACGCCAAGUCCAAGGCCUCGUGGUGGUGGUCGCGCCAGUGGGGUGCCUGCAAGCGCCUCAACACGCGCUGGUUUGCCAUCACCGACUGGAAGCGCUGGACCUUUGGCUGCUUCUCGGACGACCAGACCCACGCCUGGAUCUCGCCCAUCAUCCAGUACGACUCGCGCGACCCCACCGUCCUCCAGGCGCUCUUCUACUGGGCCCAGUCGUCGCGCGGCAAGGAGGGCGGCUUCCAGAAGGUCGCCACCGACGUCUCGCACCUCCCCACCCUCUUCCCCGACACCCCCGCUCGCCGUGUCUCGGUCUCGGGCAAGAGGGACUAUGUUCCUCGCGACCUCAAGAAGGCCAAGAACGCCAACGAGAGUGACAUCGAGGAGUCGGACGUCGAGGAGUAA